UCGCGACAGCCUGCGCGCCAUCAUCACAGGGGCGUUCGUUAUGUGGAUCAAAAAGCCUGAUUUAACGCAAAGUGCAAUGCUUAACGUUGGGGUACACCGUGGUUAAGUCAAUACCUUCUUACGUCACAAUAUUUGUAUGGGCAGCUACGCUGGCGUGACUCCGAGCACGCUGCCAUGCCCACUCGCAGACAUGCAGUGGAAAACUUCUAUCUUGGCCGUGUUGCUUCUUAGCGUCACGGGAGCUUCAGCAACUUCCUACGUCAUCGGGGUUGAUGUGGGAAGACCAGUGGGAGAUCUAAAGCCGUUCUGGAGGAGCACUGGUUUCUGUCCCCCGCUCCCUCACACCAAGGCCCAUCAGUUUGACCUGAGCAUCGACCAGCAGCUGAACCUGGCCUACGUGGGCUCAGUGCCGCGUGGAGGGAUCCAGCAGGUCAGGAUACACUGGAUGCUGGAGUUGGUUACUGCACAAGAUAUUGGCGGAAAACCUCAGUACGACUUCACUAAACUCGACAAGCUGAUAGAGCUCUUGUGGAUUAAUGGACUCCGACCAGGUUUUGAGCUGAUGGGCAGUGUCGUUAACUAUUUCACUGACUUUGAGAACAAAUCACAAGUUGUUGAGUGGAGGAAUCUGGUUUAUCUGAUAGCCAAGAGAUACAUCGACAGAUAUGGCCUCGGAGUUGUCUCUCAGUGGAACUUUGAAACAUGGAAUGAGCCCAAUAACCAUGAUUUCGAUAAUGUCACUGUGUCAAUUCAAGGGUUUCUGAACUACUACGAUGCCUGUUCAGAGGGUCUUCGCGCUGCCAGCCCUCUCCUGAGGUUUGGGGGUCCAGGUGACUCCUGUCAUUCUGCCCCACACUCCCCAUACUGCUGGGCCAUGCUGCAGCACUGCUACAACGGCACCAACUACUUCACAGGAGAGACUGGGGUCCGGAUCGACUACAUUGCCCUGCACAAGAAGGGAGGAGGCUACUCUUUGCCCAUCCUCCAGCAGGAGAUCCAGACCAUGGGGGAGAUCGGGGAGCGUUUCCCCCGGUUCCGCAGCCUCCCUGUUUACAAUGAUGAGGCUGAUCCGCUGGUGGGCUGGUCGAGGCCUCAGGAGUGGAGGGCCGAUGUGACCUACGCUGCGAUGGUGGUGAAGGUAAUACACCAGCACCAGGAUCUGCUGCUUGCCGACCCAAACAGCAACAUCAACUACACCCUGCUCAGCAACGACAACGCCUUCCUCAGCUACCACCCACACCCCUUCACCCAGCGCACGCUGGCUGCUCGCUUCCAGGUCAACAACACCGAGCCGCCACACGUCCAGCUGAUCAGGAAGCCCGUCCUCACCGUCAUGGGCCUGCUGGCUCUGUUAGGAGAGACUCAGAUCCUGGCUCAGGUUUUGAGCUCAGCGGGAAGUAACAACGGCACGCUGGGAGUACUCGCCAGCAGCCACAAGCCUGCAACGCCGGGGCGCUCAGACAGCUGGCAGGCAGCGGUGCUGAUCUACAACAGCGACGACAACGGCACCUCCGCUAAUACCGACGAUGUCACCAUUUCACUGAAAGGAUUGGCUGCACAUAAAGGUCUUAUGUAUAUCAUGUAUUACAUGGACAACAACAUAACCAACCCGCACCAGCUGUGGCAGACCAUGAGCAGCCCCGACUACCCCACAGCAGAACAGUUCAGACGCCUCAGGGCUGUGCAGGACGCUCACGUCGAAGGACCUUGGGAAGUCCCUGCCGCAGACACUCUGACUCUCAAAGCCAAACUGCCCGUGCCGUCCGUCCUGCUCGUCCAUGUUUGUGCCCAACCCAAAGCCGGGCCCGACCAGGUCAAUGGUUUACACUUCAUCAAGAUCACCAAGGGCCAAGUCCUGAUCGUCUGGUCAGAUCAUUGUCUCAAUUCCAAAUGCAUUAAGACAUUUGAAGUGGAGUUCUCCAGAGACAACAAGGAAUUCAUUAGGAUUAAUACUCAAGACACCAUUUUCACUUCCUAUGUUUAUUCACCCGUGGACCAGGAGGUCGGCGGUGUGUACAGAGUCCGAGCUGUGGACUACUGGGGAAGGCCUGGCCCGUACUCGCUGCCUGCGAGUCACACAGGGGAGCAUGUCUAAGAGUAUUCAUAUGUUUGUAAAUACAUUUGUACAGCAAAAUACAUUUUUGAUAAUGUGCCGAUUACAUGAUAUCCAUUCUGGGUGAAGUGUCCAACAUAAAUAUUUUAUAUACUUCUGAUCUAAUUUAUAGUAAUACAGGGAGUACAGUUGUGGUUGUAGUUGCCAAGACUGAGAUAAUCUGAUAAGUGAUAAAAUACAAUUAUCAUUGGCAAAGAACCAUGUACAUUUAUGUAUUUGAGAUCUAAAGUAAAAGGAUUGAACACAUAAUCUAAUAACGGUAGAUAGUAAAUGACAACCAAGGAUUAAGAAAUGUUGCACUAAACUUCUACAUUUAAAAAGAUUUUUUUUUUUAAUUGCAAAAUGUCCUUGUUCUUUUCAAUGUAAUACUUGUCCGCUAAUAGUGUCUGAUGGAGAAAACUGAGUAAUCAAAUGACCUCAAACAAACAGUGAUUAUGCAUUUAUGACAGUUUAAUUUACAACAUGAACUUUAUAACUUAUGAGUGCAGUUACAGUAUUACAAGUUCAAGACCUUUACCUUAAAUAAUGUAACUAAAAAUGUCUAUUGGCAAACUAGAAAGGUGCUGUUUCAUACAAGGUAACAGUGAACGUGUCCAUAACACGAUGGUGUUUGACUGGUUGGGACCGCCGCUUCUCAAGGGAGGAGGAACAGGUUGGAAAUUGCACAUGGAGAGAUACCGCACACACCCGCUUCACUUCAAAAUAGUAUCUUCACUUGCUGAAAUAAAGUGGUAUUAGGACGU